UGGAGGAGUUCAUAGUUUGACGCCCAUGGCGGAGCCGCCGGGUCCAUGGGGCCUCAUUCCCCCCUCGCACUUCGUGCUGCGCCCCCCCAGCACCAGUGCUCCCAGUUCCCUCCCUUUUCCCAGGACCCUGGAGGCGGAGCUUGAGGCUGAAAGGGGGCGGAGCCAAAUGCUGAGGCUGGAGCUUGAAGCAGAAAGGGGGCGGAGCCUCAUGCUGAGGGCGGAGCUUGAGGCCCUAAAGGGGCGGAGCCAAUCCCUGGGGGCGGAGCCUGGGGCAGAGAAGCCCCUGGAGGAGGACCCCCAGAGACGGCUCUUGGGGCGAUGGCGGCGCCAAGUGUUUGCGCUCCUGGUGCAGCGCACGGCCUGGCGGGAGACGGAGCGGGCGCUGCGCGCAAAGGUGACGGCUCUCGAGGCAGCGGUGGUGGCGGCGAAACAGCGGCAGAGGGAGGAGGUGACACGGGCAGAGGCGGCACUGGGAGCACUGGGAGCACUGGGAGCACUGGGCAGGACAGCUGCCAGAGCCACCACCGCCCCGAAGGGACCUCAAAGGCGCAGCGGUGGCCUCGGAGGGGACAACGGAAGAGCGGCGUUGGCCUCUCUGGUGACGCAGCUUCGAGCUCUCGGCGCCGCCAUCCUCGAGGACACCGACGGGGACAUCGGGGACCCCCCCUGAGGCCCCAGG